AUGCACAUCAGAUACAAGUUCAACAACUUUGCGGACUGCGUUCGACACACGUAUAGAACAGAGGGCGUUCACGGGUUUUGGCGCGGCGUUUGGUCCCCCCUAGCGAGCAUCACACUUGUCCGGACAGUCUCCUUCUCCAUCUACCAGAAGGCCAAGUACACGUACGACGGCUGGAUACGCAGAGCCACCGGCAGUUCUCCCCUCGUCAUCGCGAAUACAAAGGAUGCGCUGCCCACGCUGGGGACGGUGACGUGUUUCGGUGCUGCGGGCGCAACGGCAGGAGCGGUCAUAACGUUUAUCGCAUGUCCCUUCGAAUUGACGAAGCUAAGUGCACAGAUCGCCGUCCUUAUGAACGACCGCAACAGAUCGAGUGUAGAUGAACCGCUGCGGAAACGGAUCCAGAGCUACCAGCAGAUGGGCACGAUCAAGACGGCGCGGGCUAUUGUCAAGCAUAGAGGUUUUCGGGGUUUAUAUUCGGGAUUGCAGUUUCAUCUAUUGCGCGAUACUAUCGGCACAGCGAUCUAUUUUAUGACGUACGAGAGUGCGAAGCAGGUGCUUGCGAACGGGCGCGGCGCUUCUCCGACCUCGCCGCUCGCGGUCGUUAUUGCGGGAGGCUUGUGUGGGCUUGUCAGCUGGGCUUGCAUAUACCCUAUCGACUCGGCGAAGAGCAUCUACCAGCGCAACUGCCUGACUACACAAAUCGACCGCACCGCGAAGCCGAAGAGGCCGCAUAUCCAGUUCUUCAAUCGGCGCAUGUAUCGAGGUUUGUGGGUGUCCAUGAUGCGCUCUUGCGUCGUCAAUGCGAUCUUCUUCUCAGCGUUCGAGUUUUCGAAGAAGCACAUCAACCGGCUAGAGUAUGACAAGGAGCUGCUGGAAUCUCACGGCAAAUGA